CAGGGGCUGCGCUUGCAGCCUCCCUGACUCAGGCACACACGCUGGUUGCCCUCCACACCUUCAGGUGCGCAGUCCUCCUGCAGGUCCUUCUGGUAGCCCAGAACCUGGUGAGAAGCCAGUUGACCCCCGCUCCUGUCCAGAUGUGCCACAGCUUCCCCUGCUACGGAGAGGCGUGGAAACCGGGAAGCAGAGCCUUUCAACCAAACAGCAGAGUGCAGCGCAGGGGAGAACUACUGAGAGUGCAGGGCCGAUCCAACUCAACGCUUCCCACUGCAUGGCCUGGUGCAGCCUCAGUUGUGAGGGGAGAAAUGAAACCAGCCCCAGCCCUUACCUGCAGGCCUCUAGCCCCGGACCCUGCUCUCUGCAGCACUGCAGUGGCGGCGCACUCUGCCUGGAGCUCAACCAGUCGGCCUCGGCUGAAGCGGUCCAGCUCAGGCUACGCUGCAGGGCUCAGCCAGGCCUGCAUGACAGGGACGCCCAGGUGUCACAGGGCUGUGGCCCAGCCCUGCUACCACGAGUGCUGCCGAGCCUUGGCCUCAGGCAGCUGCCUCCAGCUGGAUGAGAACCUCCACUUCAACGGGGCCGCACCAGGGGCCACCAGGAGCCGCCUGCCCUGGACCCUGGCUGGCACUCUGCUGCUGUGCCUUCGCUCAGCAGUCAGGGAGCGGCAGGCAGGAAGGUCCCAUAGGCCCUGCAAGUCCCCAGGCCCACCCCCAGCUCUGAUUCCUCCUGCUUAUCUUAGGUGGGAAAUCGAGGCCCCAAAGGAGGAAGACCUUGCCCAGGUGCCUGUGGCCAGUGAAUCGGGGGAAGGGGCCAGAGAACAACAAACGGUGGUGACAGCUCAAGAGGUAGGCGGCGAUGGUAGGGGUGUGGGAGCAGGUGCGGAGCAGGGAAACCAGGGCGGGGCUGGGCAGGAGGGGCUGGGCAAGCUAAGGGCUGGGACCCCUGUCCUGAUGCUGUCAGAGCCGGACACCAUCGGCCUUCGACUGACGCAACGGGGCCUGCUGGGCUGGGGGAGGGCCAAGGAGUAA